AUGGAGGAAGUUAUACAACGCUUGAGAGCACAAGAAACACUUUCGCGUAAUACUCGCGAAAAUGAUAUACCCGGUAUCAAGGAGAAGAUAAACAACAUAGAAAAACGUGUUGAGCAAAGUGAUAUUUUAUCAAGAUCAUAUAAUGUUCGUAUUUCUGGAUUUAACCCGAUUAAUUCUAGUGCCUUUGAGAACCACGACAAAAUGAUAGCGGUGAAAGUAAACUUGAAGAGCACGCGCAUGCAAUGUUUAUAA